UUAGGGCCCAGGCCUUGAUAACCGGUCCCCAAGCUCCGAGGGGGCGGGUUCGGGUGCGGGCGCGGCGGGGGCUGCUGCUUCAGAAUCUGACCGGAUGAAUUUUUAAUGAGCCCACGAAGGGCUUCCAACUCCCGCCUUCUGCUUCUGAAGGGUCACUCCUCAUCCCUUUGCGCAUCAAUUUCUAAUUUUGCCCUGGGACUGACAGGACUCAGCAGGGUGUGUCUGGCAGCUACUCCAGAAAACAUGGCCAAGUUUGCCCUGAAUCAGAACCUGCCUGACCUGGGCGGCCCUCGCCUGGGCCCCGGCCCCACCGCGGGCGCCCGCAGCCCGAGCUCGCCCUACUCAGUGGAGACACCGUAUGGCUUCCACCUGGACCUGGACUUCCUCAAGUACGUGGAGGAGCUAGAGCGCGGCCCCGCCACCCGCCGCGCCGCGGCCGCCGCCGCCGAGCGCGAGCUGGAGCUGCUGCGCGCCAGCCUGGAGCACCAGCGCGGGGUGAGCGAGCUCCUGCGCGGCCGGCUGCGCGAGCUGGAGGAGGCCCGCGAGGUUGCCGAGGAGGAAGCGGCCGCGGCGGCCCAGCCCCAGCCGCGCGACGCUGCCACCCAGACCCCGUGGGGUUGUGCCGCGAAGGCCACACAGACCGAGAGCCCCGCGGAGGCCCCUUCCCUGACUCAGGAGAAUCCGGCGGGACCUGCGGAUGGGGACAGAGUCGUGGCCCCCGCGGGCACCCUGAAAUCCAUCAUGAAGAGGAGAGAUGGCACACCUGGCGCCCAACCCAGCCCCGGGCCCAAGAGCCUGCAGUUUGUCGGGGUCCUCAACGGAGAGUACGAGAGCUCUUCCAGCGAGGACGACGACAGCGACAGUGAGGACGGUGCCGCCGAUCCUCCAAGGAGCAGUUCCUCCGGCCCCGGGGACGACAGCGGCAGGGAAGUCCCGGACCCCGAGCCCGAGCCGGAGGCAGAGCUUCAGCCGGGUGCGCAGGGGAGGUGCGAGCUGAGCCCGCGAUUGAGGGAGGCGUGCGCAGCGCUGCACCGGCAGCUGAGCCGGCCGCGCGGAAUCGCCCGCGACGGCGGCGCCGCGCGCCUAGUGGCCCAGGAGUGGUUCCGAGUGUCGAGCCAGCGGCGCUCUCAGGCCGAGCCCGUGGCUGGGGUGCUGGGCGCGGUGGCGCGCCUGGGCCCCGAGCUGCUGGCCCAUGUGGUGAACCUGGCGGAUGGCAACGGGAACACGGCCCUGCACUACAGCGUAUCCCACGGGAACCUGGACAUCUCGAGCUUGCUGCUGGACACCGGGGUCUGCGAGGUGGACCGCCAGAAUCGGGCGGGCUACUCGGCCCUCAUGCUGGCUGCGCUCACCUCCGUGGGGCGAGAAGAGGACUCGGCUGUAGUUCAGAGACUCUUCCACAUGGGUAACGUCAACGCCAAGGCCAGCCAGACAGGACAGACAGCCCUCAUGCUGGCCAUCAGCCACGGCCGCCAGGACAUGGUGGCAGCCCUGCUGGCUUGCGGGGCAGACGUGAAUGCACAGGAUGCAGACGGGGCCACGGCACUCAUGUGCGCCAGUGAGUACGGGCGCCUGGACACCGUCCGGUUGCUGCUGGCCCAGCCAGACUGCGACCCGACCCUCCUGGACAAUGAGGGCACCAGCGCCCUGGCCAUUGCCUUGGAGGCCGAGCAAGAGGAGGUGGCUGCCCUGCUGCGUGCGCACCUGAGCUCUGGCCAGCAGGGCCCCCGGUCACCCCGUGAGUCCCCCGAAGCGGUGCCUGGUGCAGAAGAAUGCAGUGACCCAAGCGAAGACCCUGAGGCACAGUGAGCAGCCUGGCGUCCUGGACUGGGGGAGAUCUCUCCUCCCUCCACCCAGCCUGUGGGGGCAUGGCAGGGGCCAGGGUUUGCUAUCCAGGUGCCAGCCCUGGGCCAAAUGGCAGGCUUGUACAGCUCUGUGUUCAGGAGGGGCUCACCUGGGACCAGCAGGAUGAGCCAGGGGCUGAGUGAAAAGUGACAAGGCCCCGGAGUCCACCCACUCCAGAAUAAAACAUUACUAACUCAG